AUGGAUGAUUUGCUUGAUCAAAGAUAUCAGCUUCUUCACAAAGUUUCGCAGUUACGUGAAAAGAUAGGAGGAAGACGCAUGCCAAAAAUAGAAGAACCUAAAAGAAUGUGCACACACCAUGAUUACAUGCUAGAGGAAAUGAAAUGGCUUUCAGCUGAUUUUAUUGAGGAGCGAAAACACAAAAUUGCAUGUGCCUAUAUUUUAGCUAUAGAAAUAAAAAGCAAGGCCAAGCAUGUGCUAGUUGCGGAACCAAAAACUGGAAACCAACUGCAAUCAGAAGCCAAAAAGAUAGGGGAAAUGGUUUUGCAAUAUUUUGCGUCAAUUGAUGAUGGGAAAAGAGAAGAGGAAAAGCCUAAAGAGCCAGAAAAAGUAUGGCAGGUCGCAGAUGUAAAUCACAGCAUUUCACGAAUAAAUAUUGUUUUAGAAAAAAUUGAACUAAAGCCUGUUAUAGUAAUUGAGCCACCUCCAGAUCCUAAAGAAAAGCCUGUAAAGAAAUACUCUUUAAAUAUGGUUCACAAGUACGGUUUCCAGCCUCCAGAGAUUGUGGAAAAAAAUCAUGAGUCCCCUCCAUCAACUCCAGAAACCGCAGUUCAUGAAAACGAUUUUACAUCAGAUUUUGGAAGUAAUUUACAGAUGUAUUACGACAUUGACACCAUCACCAGCAUAGACUAUGAUUUAAGAGCUCAGCUAGAAACUUUGCAUUUGGAAGAUAUUGAUAUCUAUGCUCCUUUAUCAAGUAAUGAACAAGAAUUCAGAGAAAUCACCCAUGAAGAACAAGUCAUUGAUAAAGAGCUAUUUAUGCUUGCGCCGGAUUCUGAAGAAUUUGCUAUAUGGGAAGUGUCAAAAAGAAGCAUUGAAGAUAAAUCGCCUGAAACGCUGACUUUAACGAGAUUUCAAAGUGAAAUGUACCCAUUUCCUAAUCAGUCGAAAAAGGAAUGGAGGAUUUUUGAAGAUAUGGAGCUGGAAAAGCUAGUAUAUGAGUUUGGAGGAAACUGGGACUUGGUGGCUGAUUUAAUGAGUAUUUCUAAGCAUACUACAAGCGAUUUUUAUACUGCUGAUGAGUGUAACCAAAGAUGAAACCUAUUGCAAAAAAGAAAAGGGAGAAAUGUUAGCUCAGGGUUUAGACCUCAGCCAGCUUUGCUCCCAACCGUACCUCCAAUUCAACAGUUUUCUUCGAAUUUUUCUUUGUUUCAAAGAAAAGGUGUUUCCCCAAUGGUAUAUCCUAAAAUUGAACCAAAUUUUCAAAAUUCAGAUCCAAAUGAGCCCCUUGAUUUUUUGCUGCACAAUUUGAAUUUUGAAAACAAUUAUAAGAUUUUACGACGCUGAAAGCUCUAUUUUUUCAGCUAGAAUCCUAUUUUUGCUAGAAUUUUCAAAUUAUAAUAAAAAUUCAUGAGUUUUCAGUCCAAUUAAAUUGUAUACUAUUUUUAUCACUAUCAAAAUAUCAACUCCAAGUAUUAUGGUCCAGCACCAUCACCUAGUUUUAAAGCUCUGCCUAAGCCUGAGUUAGAUUUAUCAACGCUUUUAAAUAUAAAGCCCAUGAAUGAAAGUGAAAAAGUUAGCACUGCAAUUCCUUUAGCGAUUAUAAAAGAAUCUAACUUAAAACUCAGUGAUAUGACUGAAAUUUCUACUGAUAAACAAGUACAAUGAAGCAACGCACAGCAAAUAGCAAGCAUUGCAAGACAAGCUGAAAUCCCAAACCCUAAUAAACCAAUGAAGCCUCCUGGUGAUGCUAAGACCCCUGAUGGCAAGAUGCAUGGUAAACCCCGCUAA